AUGAUAUCGUAAUUCUGGGGAUUAAGUCCUUCAGAGUCAUAAUUCCCAGUCAAAAUGUCUUCAGACGUGUCCCAAGACGAGUACGAGUACGUGCAGUACAAUACCGAGUUCUAUGAAGAGGAGGAGGGCCCCCCUCUGAUCAAAAAAAGGUCGCGUUUAAUUUGUGCAGUCGUCCAAAACAAUGUGGACCUCCUUCGAGAUUUGCUGGACUCUCCUAAGUGGUACACUGUGGAGGACAGCAUGGGGUACAACUUGCUACAAAUUGCAGUUUUGCAAGAGAGACGGGAAGUGUUUGACUACAUGUUAUCAAUUCCUGACUUCCCCUUCGGUGCCUUAAAUCGUGAUGGAGAGACGGCUCUAGACGUUGCGGUUACAUGUUUUGUGAGUAACGAUAUUUGGAUUGACGGAUACUUCGCCCGUGAGUUAAUUAAAAAGGGGGUUUUCACAACACGGCACGAAUUCUUAUUACAAAACGCUAUUGAACGAUCUCUUACUGAAGUUGCGAAGGCGUUAAUCGAGAAAGGAGUUGAUGUUAACAAAGUUUUCGAUGAGGAAUGGGGGCACACACUUUUGCAAACUGCCGUUGGGGAAAAUAAUGCUGAGCUAACUGCAAUGUUAUUAAUAUUUGGUGCCGACCCGUUCGUCUUGUAUUCUACAGGGUACACCGUUUUCGAAAGAAGUAGUCCAGAAUUACAAGAAAUCUUAUUUUACUACAUAUACGAUCAAUAUUCAGAUGCAGAAAUCCACUUGGAAGAGUUGUUAUCGCUUGCCACGACGAAUCCGUUUUUAUUUAACGAAAUUUUCAAAAAUUCAAUUGAUAUCACCAUUAAUAAUUGUAAUCCUUGUACUUGUUUUGAAAUCUUGGCCCUUAUGGACAUCGAAUCUUUGAAAUUAACUGUGUCAAAGUGUGAGCAUUACUUGAAACAAAUGUUUUCGGUGCCGUUUCGGAGAAAAACACAAGUACGUAAUAGCCAAUGGCCUUUAGAAACUUCAUUUUUCUUACUUGAGACUGACUUGAAAGACGAAAUCGUCAAUGUUAUUAACUCAUUAGAUAGUUCCUCACUUUUACAAAAUAUGAUUAGAGAUGAAAAAAACGAAUCUGAAAUUAGCGAAGUUCUUUGUUUUUUGUUGAGCUACGGCCUCGAGAUUGUUGCAUACGACCUUCAUUUGAUUUACUCCAAGUUUGGGUAUUGCAAUUUAUACAAAAUUCUUCUACACAUGGAUAUUUCAGGGAAAUGUGAUGAUUUUAACAAUGUGAAAAUUAUGCCGUUAUUUGUUUAUGAUGUGACCAUUGAAAAUUGUCUAGGUUUUUUGGAAUCAAGCGAACCCUCCCAUUUACUUGAACUUUCUUCGUAUUUUUGUCACCAGAACUUGACUGAAAAAUGUGAACGUGCAAUUGCUGAUGGACACUUAGAAAAACGAACGUUCCAGCAAAUACCUCUACUGGUUGAGUUGGCGAGAAAUACGUUUCGAAAGUUUUUUAUCGAAAAAUUUCAAAUCAAAACGUCUCGGAGGUUCUAUUCGCUUUUGAACUGCUUACCCAUAAGUGCUACUCAUAGGAAGAUUAUUAGUUAUGAAACACCACUGUAUUGUUAAACUAUUUUUGUAUGUUGAUAUUGCCGAAUAAAUUAUUUACUUGUAAAAA